AAGGGACUUUUGUAACGAUAUGAUCAUGUGACAACCUUAUCUUGCCACACUUAUUGUUUUGUCGACAAUAAGUAACAUAAAACAUGAUGGCAACUGACGAGAAAGAGAAUCCAAGUAACAACAUGGAAGAAAUACUUUAUGAAGCCCUCAGAAAGAAUUACACAAACAUUGUAAGAAAUGUGAAGAUUUCAGCCAUUAUCCGUGCAGGAUUUAUCGAGAAAAAUCUUUUCAGUAGUGACCACUUAAAGGAGAUUCUGGCAAACCAUGAGGCAGACAAUGAUAAGACCCUGGCAGUAUUGGACUAUCUGCCCAGAACCAAAGAGGCUUUGUAUGCCUUUGUGGAAGUCAUAAAGAAAGACUACUCCCGUGUUGCUGAAACUCUCAAACAAAAUCUUGAUGCUGCAUGUGAGGAACCAAGCUUGCCAGCACCAGUUCCAGUUUCUGAGAGUGAUGACAACAAGAAACUGGUAGUACACAGCCAGCUAGAUUCUGCCAGUGAUGGCACUGAGGUUAAGGUGCCAUACACAGCCCCAUGUCCAGAUGACAUGGUAUCUGUUCACCCAACUGAACUUCAGAGGAUGAUCAACACUCAGCUCCAGCAGUUCUCUAUAGAACAAAAGAAGACCCAGGAGCAGGAGAACCAAAACCUUUGGUCAGAAGUCCAGAUGUUGAAGGUAGAAAAGAAGACCCAGGAGCAGGAGAACCAAAACCUUUGGUCAGAAGUCCAGAUGUUGAAGGUAGAAAAGAAGACCCAGGAGCAGGAGAACCAAAACCUUUGGUCAGAAGUCCAGAUGUUGAAGGUAGAAAAGAAGACCCAGGAGCAGGAGAACCAAAACCUUUGGUCAGAAGUCCAGAUGUUGAAGGUAGAAAAGAAGACCCAGGAGCAGGAGAACCAAAACCUUUGGUCAGAAGUCCAGAUGUUGAAGGUAGAAAAGAAGACCCAGGAGCAGGAGAACCAAAACCUUUGGUCAGAAGUCCAGAUGUUGAAGGUAGAAAAGAAGACCCAGGAGCAGGAGAACCAAAACCUUUGGUCAGAAGUCCAGAUGUUGAAGGUAGAAAAGAAGACCCAGGAGCAGGAGAACCAAAACCUUUGGUCAGAAGUCCAGAUGUUGAAGGUAGAAAAGAAGACCCAGGAGCAGGAGAACCAAAACCUUUGGUCAGAAGUCCAGAUGUUGAAGGUAGAAAAGAAGACCCAGGAGCAGGAGAACCAAAACCUUUGGUCAGAAGUCCAGAUGUUGAAGGUAGAAAAGAAGACCCAGGAGCAGGAGAACCAAAACCUUUGGUCAGAAGUCCAGAUGUUGAAGGUAGAAAAGAAGACCCAGGAGCAGGAGAACCAAAACCUUUGGUCAGAAGUCCAGAUGUUGAAGGUAGAAAAGAAGACCCAGGAGCAGGAGAACCAAAACCUUUGGUCAGAAGUCCAGAUGUUGAAGGUAGAAAAGAAAACCCAGGAGCAGGAGAACCAAAACCUUUGGUCAGAAGUCCAGAUGUUGAAGGUAGAAAAGAAGACCCAGGAGCAGGAGAACCAAAACCUUUGGUCAGAAGUCCAUAAGUUGAAGGCAGAAAACGAAGAAGGUAAACAACUCCGAGAAACUUCCGAAAAGAGAUUGAAUGAAGCAUCUAAAAUGAUCCAAGAAUUACAAGAUGAAUGUACAGCAUUAAAAGAUGAAUGUGCAAAAUACAAGGAGACCAUAUCCCAGCAAGAAACUACCAUAAGAAGACAACAGAAAGAAAUAUGCCACCAAGAAGACACAAUUACCCAACAAAACAAAAGGAUCAGCAAACUUGAGGCUGACAAAGAACAGUUAUAUCAAUACCAGAAUAGCUGUUGUGCAAGAACAUUUUCCUGCUUCUUCCCAAGACAGGCAGACAAUGGUUACAUUAUACUGCCUGCAAAUGCCAAUAAACUGACAGACAGCAACAACUAGUAGAUAGUAAAUUACAACAACAAUUGAAAAUACUGGGUGCUGCAGAAAUGUGACAUUCAAAAUUUAUCUUAUGUUCUUUUAUUACUAAACAUAGUUAUUUGAAAAUGAAAUAUAUCAUAGUCUUUGUUAUUUAUGGAACAUAUCUGUCUUUUUAUUAUAUGCCAUAUGUCUGACCAUGCACAGUGUACACAAAAAGUAUGGACCUAUACACUUUCAAGUAACUUAUACACAGGCUUUGGGUUUAGCCACUUUGGAACUACAUUAGUGCACAUAAUAAGACUGGGCCUGUAAACUUCCACGUAACUUACAAACAGGCAUGAUUGACAGUUGUAAAAACUGAAAAUUCUGCGAAUGUAACUGGCACUUUUUCAUUGCACUUAGACCAUACGAAAAAUAACAAAAGAGAAAACCUAGGGACAACAGUGGGCAACCUCUGCUAGUUUUGAA